AGCAGUUCAGUGCUUUUGGAGCUGCGCACGGGCUUGCUUCUCUGAACUCCUGGAGGCUGUACUGUACCCUACAGUCACACCCGGUCAGUCCCAUCCUGUGCAAGUGGGGGACCCCGCUGUUAUUGCUUUUUAACCGGGAAUCGCUGAAUGAGGAGGCGCGAUCACUGCAGGGAGGAGUGCGUUGCGCUUGCAAGCACAUGUCAGUCUGUUACGGCGCGAUCCUUACUUCAUCUCUUUGUUGGAGAGUGAGAGGCACACACGCACAGGGAGAGACAGAGAGAGCGAGAGAGAUAUACACAUACAGUGGAGGAGAGAGAGAGAGAGAGAGAGCAAAAGAGGUAGUCCGUGCAACCAGGCUCCUCUUGCCAGUCCUCUGCUGCGAAACAAGUGUGACGGACCGACCGGCGUUACCUACUCCCAGCUGUUUAUUUUUUUUCCUAAGUGUUUUCUCUCCCUCUCUACCAUUGUGGUGCGUCCACUCCGGUCGUGAAUAUGCCCCGGUACCGUCCUGCCCGGGGAUUGACGUUGUUAUUGCAGGUCGCGUUGUGGAUUUUCAGCCUUGCCAGCGCUGUGCACGGAGCUGUGCCAACAACACAGAAGUGCGAUGAAGCUCUGGCCUCUCCUCUUCCUCACACAGCCUUCACCAGCUCGUCCGUCUUCUCCAACGGAUACGCACCUGGGUAUGCCAAACUCAACAGGAGAGGAGGUGCUGGAGGAUGGUCACCUUUGGACAGUGACCAUUACCAGUGGCUACAGGUGGACCUGGGUUCCAGAAAGCAAGUGAGCGCCAUAGCAACACAGGGUCGCUACAGCAGCUCUGAUUGGACGACACGGUACCGUCUCCUCUACAGUGACACAGGAAGGAACUGGAAACCAUAUCACCAAGAUGGCAACAUUUGGGCCUUCUCUGGGAACUCCAACUCCGAGAGCUCAGUCCGCCAUGAGCUGCAGCAGGGAUUUGUGGCACGCUUCCUACGGCUCGUCCCGCUGGACUGGAGCGAGGAAGGACGGAUCGGUCUGCGCAUAGAAGUGUACGGCUGCUCCUACUGGGCUGGCGUGAUCAACUUUGAUGGACAAGGUGUCAUCUCAUACCGUUUCAAGGUGAAAAAGAUGAAGAUCAUUAAAGAUGUGAUUGCGUUGAGGUUUAAGACGUCAGAGAGCGAGGGUGUGAUUCUUCACGGGGAGGGCCAACAGGGAGAUUAUAUAACACUCGAACUUUGCAAGGCCAAACUACAGAUACAGAUAAACCUGGGCAGUAAUCAGUACGGCUCUAUCCUGGGUCAUACCUCUGUGACCACUGGCAGCCUCCUGGACGACAAUCACUGGCACUCAGUGGUUCUUGAACGAUACCGUCGUAACGUCAACUUCACCUUAGACAGACACACUCAGCACUUCAGGACCAACGGAGAGUUUGACCACCUCGAUUUGGACUAUGAGUUGAGUUUUGGAGGGAUGCCAUACAGUGGGAAGCCAUUAGGAGGAGGAAGGAAGAACUUUAAAGGUUGCAUGGAGAGCAUCAACUACAACGGAGACAACAUCACAGACCUGGCCCGCAGAAAGAAACUCGACACCUCCAGCUUUCGUAACCUGUCCUUCUCCUGCGUGGAGACCCACAGCUUCUCUGUCUUUUUUAACGCCACCAGCUUCCUGCAGCUGCCGGGACGAGCCAAUCACAACGCGAUAUCUGUCAGCUUCCAGUUUCGGACCUGGAACCCCGAUGGACUCCUUCUUUUCAGUAACCUCGAUGAUGGCACACUGGAGAUCUCCCUGGAGGAGAGCAGGGUGAUGGUUCAUAUCAACGUGACGAAGGGGGCGAGCAACAACCAGGUCGACUUAUCGUCAGGUUCAAGCCUUAACGACGGACAAUGGCACUCGAUCCGUUUGGUCGCCAAGGAGAACUUUGCCAUGUUGACGAUAGACGGCGAGGAGGCGUCUGCUGUGCGGUCCACCUCACCGCUCAGCAUCACCACUGGAGGAACCUAUCACAUGGGAGGGUAUUUUCUCCAGACGUUGUUAUCCCCCUCCCUGCGUUCCUUCCAGGGCUGCAUGCAAGCGAUCCUAGUGGACGACCAACCAGCUGAUCUGCACGCUGUAGAGAAAGGCACCAUGGGAGCUUUUGAGAAUGUCAGCCUGGACAUGUGUGCAAUCAUAGACAGAUGUAUGCCUAAUCACUGUGAACAUGGCGGUCGCUGUAAACAGACGUGGGACAGUUUCAGCUGUAGCUGUGACGGAACAGGAUACACAGGAGCCACCUGCCACACAUCUAUCUAUGAGCCGUCAUGUGAGGCCUACAAGCACUUGGGCAGGUCCUCUGACACCUACUGGAUCGACCCUGACGGCAGCGGACCCCUUGGCCCUUUUAAAGUCAACUGCAACAUGACAGAGGACAAAGUGUGGACAACGGUGAUGAACAACCUGCCCCCCAAAACCACAGUGACUGGCUCCAGUAGAGAGAGACGCACCGUCCUACAGGUUAACUACAGCGCCUCCAUGGACCAGAUGACAGCCAUCACCAACAGUGCAGGAAGCUGUGAGCAGCAAAUCGCCUACAGCUGUCGCAUGUCCAGACUGCUCAACACUCCAGAUGGGACUCCUUACACGUGGUGGGUGGGUCGUGGCAGCGAGAAGCACUUCUACUGGGGGGGCUCUGCACCCGGCAUCCAGAAAUGUGCCUGUGGCAUCGACAGAAACUGCACUGACCAAAAGUAUGACUGCAACUGUGACGCCGACCACAAACAAUGGAGAGAAGAUUCUGGUCUCCUGAUUCAUAAAGAGCACCUGCCAGUCAGCCAGGUUGCCGUGGGCGACACUAACAGACCAGGCUCUGAGGCCAAGCUGACCGUUGGACCACUCCGUUGCCAAGGAGACAAUAACUACUGGAACGCUGCCUCCUUCACCACCCCGUCAUCCUACCUGCACUUUGCCACCUUCCAGGGUGAGACCAGCGCUGACAUCUCCUUCUAUUUUAAGACCAGCGCACCCUACGGAGUCUUCCUGGAGAACCUGGGCAACACUGACUUCAUCCGCUUGGAGCUCAAAUCUCCAGAAGUCGUCUCCUUCUCCUUCGAUGUUGGAAACGGACCUGUAGAGCUAACAGUCAACUCGGCCACGCCCCUCAAUGACGACCAGUGGCAUCGGGUGAUGGCCGAGCGAAACGUAAAAGAGGCGGUCCUUCAGCUGGAUCAGACGUACCGGGCGUCUCAGCUCGCUCCUGCACAGGGACACACACGGCUAGAGCUGUUCAGCCAGCUCUACGUGGGUGCUGCAGGGGGACAGCGGGGCUUCCUGGGAUGUAUCCGCGACCUACGGAUGAACGGCAUCACCCUGGACCUGGAAGAGAGGGCCGAGGUCACGCCUGGGGUCAAGCCCGGCUGCCAAGGCCACUGCACCAGUUUUGGGAUGUACUGCCAAAACGGAGGAAAGUGUGUGGAGAAAUACAACGGCUACUUGUGUGACUGUACUGACAGCGCGUACGAUGGGCCGUUCUGUACUAGAGACGUUGGGGGUUUCUUUGAGGCAGGAACCCUGGUCAAGUACAACUUCAUGCCUGAGGCAGUUGCAGGAGCCAGCAGAGACUCAAAGAUCCUGACGCACCAGCUCACGCCACAGGAAGUGAAUCUCACAAAGGAGGAAGUGGCCUUCAGUUUCAGCACAUCCAAUGCUCCAGCUAUUCUGAUGUAUGUCAGCUCCAGGACACAGGACUACCUGGCUGUGGUUUUAAGGCACAAUGGUUCACUGCAGGUGAGGUAUAACCUGGGAGGUCUGAGGGAGCCGUUUUCUAUAGACGUGGAUCAGCGUAACCUGGCCAACGGACAGCCUCAUAGCAUCAAUAUGUCACGUGUCGACAGAAGCAUCACCAUCCAGUUGGAUCAUUACCCUCCUGUCAGCUACACCCUCCCAGACGCCUCAGACACACAGUUCAACCUGGUCAAGACUCUGUUCCUGGGCAAAGUCUUUGAAACCGGACACAUAGACCCGGUCCUCAUCGAGCGCUACAACACCCCAGGCUUCGUUGGGUGUCUGUCAAGAGUGCAGUUCAACGGAGUCGCCCCCCUCAAGUCUGCACUGAGAACCACACCCACAGCCACAGCCGGUCAACCGGACAGACCACCUGCAGCCGCCUCGCCAGGGUCGUACCAGGGAAAACUGGUGGAGUCCAACUGUGGGGCGUCACCUCUCACCAUCCCACCCAUGUCUGCUGCUACAGAUCCCUGGCAUCUGGACAACACAGAUCCAGAGUUCCCCUUCAAUGAGGAGAGAGUGAUUCCUGAUGGCGUCAACAGAGACUCAGCCAUCAUUGGAGGAAUCAUCGCCGUGGUGAUCUUCACCAUCUUAUGUACGCUGGUGUUCCUGAUCCGCUACAUGUUCCGUCACAAAGGCACCUACCACACCAACGAGACCAAGGGCGGUGGCGAGUCGGCCGCAGAGUCAGCGGACACGGCCAUCAUCGGCACCGACAACCCAGAGACCAUCGAUGAAUCAAAGAAGGAGUGGUUCAUCUAGCAGCCAAUGAGAGGAGACUCCGAGAGGAAGUGAUUAGUUUAACCACCCGUUGGUUUUAAUGGGAUUUGUGUCACAGCGGAGAUGAAGGCCAGGCCGUUCAAUGAGGACAAUAAUCUCCCGAAGAGAGCAGGAAUGUGGGAGAAGGCGUGUACAGAAGUCUUUUUUCUUUGUUUGAUUUGUAUUUUUAUAUAUCCAGAGUAUUAGAGAGAGAGAGAGAGAGGAGGGACGGUUAUGUGGUGCAGAACAGCUGUGACAGACUGUGCGUGUGCAUACUAACCGGCUUGUCCUCCUUUGUUUUUGAGGGUUUUCAGGAGUCCUUUGAAUACUGUAUAUGACAAAUAACUAUACUUACCAGGUUGUCUGAUGGCACAGAUGUAUUGCCAAUCUCUGUUGCAUUUAGAUUUUAUUUUUUAACAGAAAAAAUCUAAUAUAAAAAGUGAUCAAAUCAACCUGCCAAACCCCCCUUUUUAAAUUCACCAGGCUGUGGUCACACCAGCCUGCCAACACUCCCAUCAGUCAAACUACAUGUGUUGUGGUAAUAUAGAGAUAAAAACAAAUGCCAAACCUAUACUUACACAAUAUUUUGUGUUAUUUUUCUUGAAAGAUUUAUUCAGAAUCCAAUGAACACCACGGCUAAAUUCAGAUCGAUAUUGCAACGUUAUCAUAUGUGUGUCCAUUAUAUUGUAUCUAUGUGAAAUAUAGAGUUUUUAUGUUUAAAUGUUAUGACAUUCGAUUGUAUGGGACAUUCCUUUCUGAGGACAAGCAGGGAGGGGUUUCUCAGAGCUUGAUGGGAAAUCAUGACACACCAUGGUUUGUUGAAUUCAGCACGGCAGCUUUCUUUUCAUUUGGACUGAGUGAAACCAGGAGCCUUCACUUAUUCCAGUCGGUUUGUUUCUUUGCCAAACACUUGAGUCUUACAUCUUUUUUUUUUUUUUAGAUCAGCUCAGACUUUUUUACGUCAAAUGUUUGACUUUGAGUUGAAAUCUUUUUUCAGUAUACAUCCCAGACUGACGUGGUGCUGUAGAUUUACAGAGUGUCCAUGCGACUGCGCUUACAUUUUCAGGCCAGGUGGUUACAAUGAGGACUGUCACAAUUAGAUGCAGCAACUCUAUAAGUUGUAUGAAUGCAAUAACUAGAUGUGCUUAUAUGUUCAUCAGAAAAAAAAAAAGAAACAGUUCAAUAUAAAACAAUUAGAUCUGGGAGAGGUUGACAUAAUUGGCUUACUCGUGCAUUGUGCCUUUAAGGUGCUGAGCUAUGCUACAUUGCCCCGAUAACUUAUCACAAAAAUGCAACAAAAACUGGACUACUGACUACUAUUUGUGAAUCCUCAGGAUGGAAUUAAAAAUGAUUGAAUCCGUGUUUUUAAGGUGUUUUUUUAUGUUUCCUAAUUUCACUGGUGCUCUUUUCAGUUUCCUCAUGGAUUCAGAAUCCUGCUUAUUAGUCUCCAAUCCUCACAAAGAUUGGACUUCUUUUACUGCAUAGCUGUGUGGGUUCCUAUGCAGCAGAAGCAUUGACGUAAUGUAGAGGAGAGCUGCAAGGCUGCACAAUACAUAACAAGUUUACACCUACCCGCUGUGAUGCCAACACACACACAUACACACACACACACACACACACACACACACACACACACACACACACACACACACACACAAGCAUGAUAGAGCGUGAGUCAAGGUUGUUCUUUAGAUUCCGAGAGCCCCGUGUUCAGAAGUAGGAGGCUGCUGCUUUGUCAACAUUGAAUUAAACUUCACUCUAACUGCGCCACUGUCAUCCAACAUGCAUCUAAAACAUGUACAAUGUAUAUUUUUCCAAACCAUUUUCCUAUCUUUGUUGCUUUUGCUUACCUUACCAUAUAGCAUUUACUGAACAAUGUGUUCCAGUUUAAAACUAGCUGCCAAUUUAAAUAUUGCUUUGUUUGAUUUUGUAUGUCUGGUCAAAUUGCUGCAAUUUUGCCCCCUUUUCUGUGUGAUUGAAUGAUUUUGUACAUCCUCAUGGUUGAGUGCAAACUGGACAUCGGUGAUAUUUAUCAGAGAAACCAGCCUGCCUUCUAUGCGUCCUCAAAGAAGACUCUCUCUGUCCUCACAUCAAAUCCAUGAAGGCAAAACCAGUGACUUUCCCUUUUGUCAAUAAUAACUUUUACUAAGACUAUCCAUAAAACACACACACACACACACACUCACACACACCCCUGACCGGGUUUGGACUUGGUUACAAUGGGUUAUCAACAUAAACAGUCAACACCAUAACCCAUAUGUUUGCUUUCAGUUCUAUUGAGUUCAAUAAAGAGUGUUUGAUCUUUA